UUCACACAAAAUCUUCUUUUACGGGAUCUUUUCUUUUCUACUUUUUAUUAAUUGAAACUUUUUUAUUUUAAGAAAUAUAUAUCGGGAUAGUGAAGUUUUUAUUUAAUUUUUUUUUUUGAGAGACAUUUUCAGAAUUUUUGUGAGUGGUUGUCGUUUCAAUUUAUAUUUUUGAAGAUUCCGAUGUGUUGAAAGGACGUGGUACGAAGCAAAAUGAAGACGGGAGCGACAUUGAUGCUCCUUGUAGUGGGGUGGUUUUCCUGUGUUUUAGCGAAUAAUAAUGAUUAUCGAUUUUUCGACUAUGACUACUUAUUAGAGCCAUAUAGCAGAAACUCUAGGCAAAUUAUUAGCAAGAGUUUUAUUUGCCAAAGUGAAGGAACGUUUCCUGAUAAUCAGAAUUGUAAAGUUUUUUAUAGAUGUGUCUCAAAUGGACAAAAUGGCUAUAUCCCUUACACAUUCGAGUGCGGUGAAGGAACAGUUUACGAUCCAGCGAUUUCAGUUUGUAACUAUCCUUACGCAAGCAGCAGGGAGGAAUGUGGAGGAAACAAUAUAGAAGUAGGAAAACUACCGUCAGAUCCUCAAACUCUACCAUCCACUACAUCGCAACCAAUUUACACAUCUAGUAGUACAGUAGCAUCAUCCACUGUAGGAUCUACAGUGCAACAAAAUGAGCCUGCACCAAACAGAUGUACAGCAUCAGGAUUCAGAGCUGAUCCUAUCAACUGUAGAAAGUUCUAUAGAUGCGUAGAAAAUAGCCAAAAUGGAUAUACUCAGUAUGAGUUUACAUGUGCUGUUGGAACUAUUUUUGACUCCAUUGCAACUACAUGCAAUUAUCCUAGUGCUGUGGAAAGAACCGAUUGCACUGAAGAGAAAGACGGUGGUCAGUCUGACUUGCUUUUUAAAAACUCACUGCAAAAUAACAACUCUUGGCAAAACAGCACUUCUUUUUCCAAUUCGUCAGCACAAAACAGUUCUAGUUCCUUUUCUAGUAGUUCUUCUUCUAGCUCCUCUAGCUCUAGUUCUAGCUCUAGUUUCUCAAGUAAUACUAAUAGCACCACUUCAAACUCAAAUUCAGGAAGCAGCAAUUCAAGCAAUAGCCAAUCCAAUCAAAAUCAGUCUGGCUCCAAUCAAUCAGGAUCAUCAUUAAACCAACAACAAAGCAGCAACCAAUCAGGAUCUUCAAGUAAUUCUGCAAGCAGUAAUAACCAAUCAAGCAAUCAGUCUGGAAGCACAUCCUCCAAUCAGGCAAACAAUCAAUCAGGAUCGUCGAGUUCCUCCAAUCAAUCUGGAAGCUCUUCUUCAAACCAAUCAAAUAAUCAAUCAGGAUCUUCGAGUUCCUCCAAUCAAUCAAAUAACCAAUCAGGAUCUUCCAAUCAAUCUGGAAGCACGUCCUCUAAUCAAUCAAACAAUCAAUCUGGAAGCUCUUCUUCAAAUCAAUCAGGAUCAAACAAUCAAUCCGGGAGCUCGUCCUCAAAUCAAUCAUCUAAUCAAUCAGGUUCUUCUAACUCUUCCAAUCAAUCUGGAAGCUCUACUUCAAAUCAAUCAGGAUCAAACAAUCAAUCCGGAAGCUCGUCCUCAAAUCAAUCAUCUAAUCAAUCAGGUUCUUCUAACUCUUCGAAUCAAUCUGGAAGCUCUACUUCAAAUCAAUCAGGAUCAAAUAAUCAAUCCGGAAGCUCGUCAUCUAAUCAAUCGGGUUCUUCAAGUUCUUCAAAUCAAUCUGGAAGCUCUUCUUCAAAUCAAUCAGGAUCAUCCAAUCAAUCUGGCAGCUCUUCCUCAAACCAAUCAAAUAAUCAGUCGGGUGUUUCAAAUCAAUCGGAAAGCUCCUCCUCCAACCAAUCAUCUAACCAACAGUCUACCGGAAACAAUAAUGAAUCCAACCAAUCAAGUUCAUCUGGCUCUAACCAAGGUUCUUCUAACCAAUCCGGAAGCUCCUCUUCAAACCAAUCAAGCAAUCAGUCGGGCUCUUCAACUUCUUCUAAUCAAUCUGGGAGCUCCUCCCAAGGUUCUUCCAAUAACCAAUCAGAAAAUGUAAACACUUCCAACCAGUCUGGAACCUCUUCAAAUCAAUCAUCAUCAAAUCAACAAUCUUCUGGAAGCAGCAAUAAUGAAUCUUCAAGUUCGUCUUCGUCUAACCAAGGCUCCAUAGGUAGCAGUGGCAAUCAAACAGGUAGCUCUAGUUCAUCAGAACAAUCCGGCAGUUCAUCAUCCAAUCAAGGAUCUUCUAAUAACAACAACAACCAAUCAGGCUCAAGUUCAUCGCAACAGUCAGGCAGCUCAUCUUCCAAUAACCAACAGUCAUCUUCUAGUAACAAUAAUCAAUCUGGAAGCUCAUCCAAUAACCAAGGAUCUUCUUCUAGUAAUAACCAAUCAGGAAGCUCAUCUUCAAACAACAAUCAGUCUGGAACCUCCUCCAAUAACCAAGGAUCUUCUUCUAAUAAUAAUCAAUCAGGAAGUUCAUCUUCCAAUAAUCAGCAGUCGUCUUCAAGUAACAACAAUCAAUCAGGAACCUCUUCAAAUAACCAAGGAUCAUCGUCUAAUAAUAACCAAUCAGGAAGUUCAUCUUCCAAUAAUCAACAGUCGUCUUCAACUAACAACAACCAAUCAGGAAGCUCUUCAAACAACCAAGGAUCAUCGUCUAAUAAUAACCAAUCGGGAAGCUCAUCUUCUAAUAACCAACAAUCGUCUUCAAGUAACAACAACCAAUCUGGAAGUUCCUCAAACAGCCAAGAGUCAUCCAAUAAUAGUCAAUCAGGAAGCUCUUCUAAUAAUCAAGGUUCUUCUUCUAACAACAACAACCAGUCCGGAAGCUCAUCUAAUAACCAAUCUUCUGGAUCUACCAACCAAACGACUAGUUCGCAAAAUCAAGCUCAACCUGGACAAAUUAAUAACGGCCAAUGUGUUAAAAAAGGCUUCGUAGCAGACGAUCAAGACUGUAAGAAAUUCUAUAGAUGUGUAGAAGAUGGAAGAGGUGGUCUCAUCAAAUAUCAAUUUCCUUGCCCGGACAACACCGUUUGGGAUCAACAAAUAUUGGCUUGUAAUUAUCCUUACGCCGUUUCCGGCAAGUGUUUUGUAGCACAACCUGGCAUUCCUGCUUCAACAGAUGGUAGUUCAAGUUCGAACCAGGGUACUUCAGAACAAAAUCAAUCUACCGACACAACAUCUCAACAAAACCAACAGCAAACUGGGUCAAAUCAGUCAACUCAAGGUGAAUCUAACCAAAACCAAUCUUCUGGAUCUAAUCAAAAUGAAAACACUUCUAAUCAAAACCAAAAUGAAAAUAAUCAAUCAAAUCAGAGUGGAACUACACAAAAUCAAAAUGAAUCUUCAGGAUCAACUCAAACUCCUCCAGUAACCGAAAAGCCUGGGCAAGUAUUCAAUAGUCAAUGUGUCUCUUCUGGUUUUGCCGAGGACAAACAGGAUUGCAAAAAAUUCUAUAGAUGCGUAGAAAAUGGUCAAGGAGGGUUUAUUAAAUACGAAUUUACAUGUGGUCAAGGGACUGUUUGGGAUAAUGCCAUCCAGGCUUGUAAUUAUCCAUAUGUUGUUACUGGGAGAUGUCAUUCAGCUCAGCCAGAAAUAGGACAACCUGGUCUACCAGGAGAUAUUAGCGGUCAACCAGGACAACCCGGUGAUACCAAUGGACAACCCGGUCAACCAGGACAACCUGGAGAUACUAGUGGACAGCCUGGUCAACCAGGGCAACCCGGAAAUACCAGUGGGCAACCUGGCCAACCAGGACAACCCGGUCAACCAGGGCAACCUGGAGAUACUAGUGGACAGCCCGGACAACCUGGAAACAAUAAUGGUCAACCCGGCCAAUCAGGACAACACGGUCAACCCGGUCAACCAGGACAACCCGGUCAGCCUGGGCAAUCAGGACAACUCGGUCAACCAGGACAACCCGGUCAGCCUGGACAACCCGGUCAGCCUGGACAACCCGGUCAGCCUGGACAACCCGGACAACCCGGUCAGCCUGGGCAAUCAGGACAACCCGGACAACCUGGAGACACUAGUGGACAGCCGAGUCAACCAGGACAACCUGGACAAAAUUCGUGUAUUCAGAACGGCUUCAUGGCUGAUGAGCAGGAUUGCCAGAAAUUUUAUAGAUGUGUUGAAAAUGGCCAAGGAGGGUUUAUAAAAUACCAAUACACAUGCGGCAAUGGAACAGUAUGGGAUCAGAGUAUUACUUCUUGUAACCACGCGUAUGCUGUUACCGGCCGAUGUCGUGAUUUAGGUCAACCUGGAGAGUCAGGUUCACCAGGACAACCAGGAAUGCCAGGUCAACCUGGUAAUCCAGGCCAACCCGGUACACCUAGUCAACAAGGACAACCUGGCUCGCCUGGACAACCCGGUACUCCGGGACAACCAGGUACCCCAGGACAAUCAGGCACACCAGAUCAACCAGUAUCUCCAGGACAACCAGGGCAACCCAGUACACCAAAUCAACAAGGACAGCCGGGCUCACCAGGACAACCUGGUACUCCCGGGCAACCAGGACAGCCAGGUACACCAGGCCAACCAGGACAACCAGGACAACCAGGUAGUCCAGGCCAACCAGGCACGUCGGGACAACCAGGACAGCCCGGUAGUCCAGUACAACCAGGGACUUCCGGUCAACCUGGACAACCAGGAUCUCCUGGACAACCCGGAACCCCGGGUCAACCAAGCACUUCAGGUCAACCUGGCCAACAAAGUACUCAACCGUGUAACAAUAACACUGCAAUCUAUGAAGAAGUUGCAGGUGAAGUAGUAAAUGGCCAAUGCACUAGAGCAGGGUUUGCAGGCGAUUCAAAUAACUGUGCCAAGUUCUACCGAUGCGUAGAUAACGGCAAAGGAGGAUUAAACAAAUACGAAUACACUUGCGGUACCGGCACCGUAUGGGAUCAAAUGAUUUUGUCUUGUAACUAUCCUAGCGCUGUUGGUGGAAACUGUGGUACAGGACAACCUGGCACUCCAGGUCAACCAGGUACUCCGGGACAACCAGGAACUCCGGGACAACCAGGCACUCCAGGUCAACCAGGCACUGCCGGACAACCUGGCACUCCAGGACAACCCGGCACUCCAGGACAACCUGGCACUCCAGAACAACCUGGCACUCCAGGACAACCAGGCACUUCAGUUCAACCAGGUACUCCGGGACAACCAGGCACUCCAAGUCAACCAGGAAGUCUUGGACAACCAGGCAGUCCAGGUCAACCAGGCACUCCAGGUCAACCAGGCACUCCCGGACAACCUGGCACUCCAGGUCAACCAGGCACUCCCGGACAACCUGGCACUCCAGGACAACCCGGCACUCCAGGACAACCUGGCACUCCAGGACAACCAGGUACUCCGGGACAACCAGGCACUCCAAGUCAACCAGGAACUCCUGGACAACCAGGCAAUCCAGGUCAACCAGGCACUCCAGGACAACCAGGCACUUCAGUUCAACCAGGAACUCCGGGACAACCAGGAACUCCGGGACAACCAGGCACUCCAGGUCAACCAGGCACUCCAGGACAACCAGGAACUCCAGGACAACCAGGCACUCCGGGACAACCAGGCACUCCGGGACAACCAGGCACUCCAGGACAACCUGGCAUUUCAAGUCAACCAGGAACUCCGGGACAACCAGGAACUCCGGGACAACCAGGAACUCCUGGUCAACCAGAAUCUCCGGGACAACCUGGGCAGCCGGGAUCACCAGGACAACCAGGAACAUCCGGUCAACCGGACACUUCUGGCCAACCAGGUCAACCUAUCAGCAGUACAACUGCCCCUGCAGUUCCUGGUGAAAUAGUAAAUGGAAAAUGCACGAGAGCAGGUUUUACAGGUGAUGAAAAUAACUGCUCUAAGUUCCACAGAUGCGUAGAUAAUGGCCAAGGAGGUUUAAUUAAAUAUGAGUACAGUUGCGGCGCUGGAACUGUUUGGGAUCAAAACAUUUUGUCUUGUAACUACCCGAGCGCUGUUAGUGGAAAGUGUAGUCAGAGUUCAGGAGGCACUGUCACUAACCAGCCCGGUGAAUAUCCUAGUGGUACCCCUUCAACCCAGAGUCCACAAAUGUCAACCUCUGCGCCAAUAGUAGAACAACCGUCAUCCACCUCGCCCUCCCAAAAACCUUCCUGUACUCAAGACGGUUUUGUAGGAGACUCUCAAAACUGUUCCAAAUUCUACAGAUGUGUUGAUAACGGACAAGGGGGAUACAUUAGUUAUGAGUUUACUUGCGGAUCCGGAACGGUUUGGGAUUAUCAGAGUCUGACUUGCAAUUAUCCCUGGGCUGUUCAAGGAGAGUGUAGCAAAUUCGUACUGGUAGUAGAAACCACCACUGCAGUUAACGAAGGAACUACUCCUGUUAAUCCUACGGGAAGUACUUUAUCACCAUCGACAGAACCACUUCCACAAUCAACACAAUCAGCAACAAUUGCUCCAACGCAGCCUACUCAACCAACAACGACAACCACAUUACCACCUAGUACCACCACCAUAGCUACCUGGACCACUGAAGGUACUACUCAAGAGACUAUUUCCAGCCAGACAACAGAAACACCAACAAUCACAACAUCUGAUCAAAAUAUAAUUACUUCUACUGAGUCUACAGAUUCUACUACUUUUCUUACACCUGAUACACAAAACACUUACGCAGAAUUAGAAAGUACAACAUAUAACACCGAAUCUUUUAGUACAAGUGACACUUUUAGUACAUCUGAGUCUUUAAUUAUUGAAACCAGCACUUUACCUGAUAAUGCAAUAAUUUCUACUACUGAGAGCUCGACUAUAAGCCUCUUAGAAGAAAACGCUUCUACUGAAAUCCCUACAGAGGCAUCCAGUCUAUCUAUGAAUACGGAAAGUACUUCAUUUACAGAAGAAAAUUCAUUUACUGAUGUAUUCACUACUGACAGCACUGUAGAAAUGAAUUUAACUAUUGAAAGUACUUCAUCUGAAAGUACGGCACUAUUUACAGGAGAAACUUUAACAAUGUUCUUCACACAAUCCACAACUAAAGAAGAGUCAACCACGGUAAUUAAUGAGUCUACAUCUGUAAACACCGAAUCCUCGACUAGUGAAUACCCUACUCGAGAACCUAGUUCGACAACAAUAUUUACAGAAGAGGCUUCUACAAUGCUCUCCACACAAUCUACAAGUGAACAAACUUCAACUCUGGUAACAAAUGAAUCUACAACUGUAAACGCUGAGACAUCGACUAGUGAACACUCAAUUCAAGAGCCUAGUUCAACAGCAAUAUUUACACAAGAGCCUUCUACAAUGCUUUCCACACCAUACUCAACUACAUCUGUAUAUGCUGAAACGUCAACUAGUGAAUACUCAAUUCAGGAACCUAGUUCAACAUCAAUAUUCACAGAAGAGGCUUCUACAAUGCUUCCUACACACACCACAACUGAGGUAACGAAUGUAUCGACAUCUGUAAAUGCUGAAACGUCGACCGGUGAAUACUCAACUCGAGAACCGAGCUCGACAACAGUAUUUACAGACGAGACUUCUACAAUGCUCUCCACACAAUCCAACACCGAAGAAACCUCAACUUUGGAAACGACUGAGUCUACAUCUGUAAAUACUGAUGCGUCGACCGGCGAAUACUCAACUGAGGUACCAAGUUCUACAAUACUGUCUACUACUACGGUAACAGAACAGUCAAUCACUUCAACAAUAUCUUUUACACAACCUGCAACAGAGACAGAACAGUUGACCAGUAUGGUGAUUGAACCGUCAACUAAUAACCCGAAUUCAGAAUACACUUCUACAGAAGGCACAUAUUCCGGGGAGUCUAUAAAAACCUCCACAAUAACAUCUGAAACUGAACCUGUUAGUUCCUCAGAAUUUAGCCCAUCUACCAUAGUGUCUACGGAAAGUAUUAAUUCAGCGAGUUCAACAAUAUCAGAAUUUACCACUGAUACACUAGAAACAACCACUCUAACCCAAUCAACAAUGAUUAAUUCUCAAGAAACUACCACCGACAUCAUUAUUGAUAAUACAACGGGGUCUACAACUGUAGAAAUACAAACAGAAAUAACUACUGUAAUCCCUACUGGAUCUACGGUUUCUGGAGCCACCGGAACCCACAUGGAACCAUGUCCUAUCGGACAAUUAGAGGGCGACCAGAUCGCUCUAGUUUGUCCCACUGGGUUUAGAAGGCAUCCAAAAUAUUGCAAUUUGUUCUACCAAUGCACCGUUAAUAACCAACAUGACUAUAAGGUCUUAGUGCUAAGUUGUCCUCACGGAACCAUAUUUGACGACCAAAAGAUCCAGUGUUUGCCACAAAAUGAAACUACUCAGACUUGUACCGCUCAAAUUGCUCAAUCUAGUUUGUACAGGAUGAUGGAUAUAAACGCCAUAGCGCCUAUCAAAGUACCAACUAAAAGAUCCCUUUGCCCAACUGAAGGUUCUUACGAAAUGGAGCCCUCCGAGUGUUCCGAGCAAUUUAUUAAAUGCCAAAGAAAUUCAAGAAAAUUAGAAGGUUUCAUGUACCAAUGUCCAGAAGGAUUUGCUUAUUGGCAAAUUAGUCGGCGAUGCGAGAGGACAACUAAGCUUCUACACUGCGCAGGUUACAUGCUCCAACGUAGCAAAUGGGAAAUACCAUUAGAAACGAUAGAUGUUUCUUAUAGAAGAAGAAAAGACUUACCCUUGCCAUUAAUAUUUAGUUCGUAGGUUUUAUUUUUGUAAAAUAAUUUCCUCAUUUGCCUACAUAUUUCACGAAUAAACGGGAAAUGUGUUGGCGAUAUCAAUUAGAGAAUACUACUUACUUUUGUAUCUUUUUUAUAAAAAGUACUAAUGCGAAGGUACUAUUAAAAAAAUAUUUUAUGCCAUAAAAGAAACUAAAAUUAAUUGUGAUUGAUGUUAUAUCUUACUUAUAAUUUGUAAAUUCUACAAGUUAAAGAAACUUAAUUUUUAUUAAGUUGUUUUUUGGGAUCUGGUAGUGGGAACUAAACUUUAAUUUAUUGAAACUGACUAUGCUAAAUUAUUUAUUUAUUCAGACAUAUUUUGUCACCUGAUACUGCCAUUUCAUGUGAUUUAUUUUAU